UUUUAUUUGCGUACUAUGCAGCAUAAUUUGCCGCAAAAGCUCUCUAAUGCAAGCUCCAUUUUUUCAGGUUGCGUUUUGGGCUUAGUCAACUCAACAGUCGGUCAAUCAGUUAACGAACGGUUGUCGUGCAUCGCACUUGGCUUUAAAGAGGGCUCCACAAUUGGCAGUGAUAUAAACAAAAAGAUUUAUUUGUCAUUGACAAUGUCGCUUUUGUCAAGAUCCACAUAUAGUUCCAUAUGUUUUCUACUGUUUUUACAUUUCGUGUGGCUGCUGUUGCUAGCGGCAACAGCGCCAGGAGCAACAGCAAAGCCAGCCUCAAUGGAUGCGAUGACGACGACAAGCAACUGCACGGAUACGCAUAUUGUAAGCUUUGUGGGCGGCAAAGAUAGCAGAGCUCGCGCUGCAUUCGACUCCAAGCGCAAUGAGGUGGAGGCGCAACAUGCGGCAAUGGUGCAUCAGCUGUUUGGCAGCCUGUUGCAGCUGCAAGGUCAGGGCAAUGUAAGUCGCGCCACAGAUGAUUCGCUGGUGAGCGCACGCAAUACGCUGGACGAUGAGCUAAGCUUGGAUGAUGUGUCAUUGAAUGAGCAGCAUGAGAGCUCAACGGAGGAUCCGGAUGCAUGGCGUCGCAUUAAGCUGGCCAUACCUGUGCUGGAGCCAGUGAAGCAUUUGCUGAAUGCUGUAGGCGGCGGUGAUGUCAACGAUACGCACGUGCGCACCAAUACGCAUCGCCUGCGUGGCCACACUGGUGUGCAUCAUCCGCAUCACAACAGCAGCAACAGCUCCUCGCCGGCUAUAGAAACGGAGGAGGAUCGCGAAACGGCUAUAGACAGCACAGGCUUUGAUUUGCUGGAAACACUUGGCACAGUGGGCACGCUUAUAUGGGGCAUGCUGCAAAAUCUGCGGCGUCUCUUUGCUGCCAGCGCAGGCAAUGCAAGCACAGCGUUCUCUGGUGGCGGUGGCGGCGCUGCAGCUGCUGGUGGCCAAUAACAACAAAGCUGCGUUGUGUG